AUGGAGCCAAAAUUCGGCGGCGGCGCCAGGCCCCGCAACCACCAGUACCACCACGGCAUAUCCUCCCAGAGAUUCCUCGGAUUAUUCCAAUCCCCGGUCACCACAUCCUCUGCGCCCUCGUAUGAGCUUACCGAACAUGAAAUCUUCGACAUCCCAACUGAGUCCUCCUAUCCGACUCCGGUUCCGAGCUCUAAAUCGAACUAUCAAGUUCAUAAUCAUAAUAAUUUUGGCAUAUUAGCAGCCCUACCCUGUGGAAUUGAAGAUUUAAAAACCCGAUCGAACACUGAAACCGGUGCGGUUUUCAACCACAAGGCAUCCACAUCCGCGUCACUUUCGUCUUCGACAUCUUCUUCUUCUGCCUCGUCAUCCUCGUCUCGAAUUAUGAUCCCCUCACUUCUGAAAAGUGCCGCGCCAGUGACAGAUAAGAUGCGGUUUUACCAUCAAUCGGCACCGGUGAAUGUUCCAAUACUAUCGGCGGCAAUGCAGAGGAGACGAAAUGAGUUUCUCAAUGUGGUUGACGACGUUGAGGAGGAGGAGGAGGAAGAGGAGGAGUUUGUUCCACCACACGAGAUGGUGGCAGCCAAGCAUUCGCCCAUAUUGGCGAGCUCGGUCCUAGAAGGCGCUGGUCGGACAUUGAAAGGGCAAGAUCUGAGGCAGGUGCGCAAUGCUGUCUGGCGAAAGACAGGUUUCAUUGAUUAA